AUGAAGUUCUCUUCUGCAUUCAUUGCUCUUUCGGCAGCGUGCCUUGUUGCGGCGGCGCCUUCGUCUAAUGUUGCGCGUUGGGGUGGUGAUGACGGUGAUGAUGGACGCUGGAACGGCGAAAGCGGACGCGACGGCUCGCGCGAUGGUAGCGAUCGGGGCAUGAGCUGCACGGGCGCUCCCGUGAGCGCGACUUCCUCGCACGCCGCCGCUACCCAUGGGGCUUCCAAGACCGCUUCGACCACAGUCUCCAGCGAGACUCGCGGCGCAUCCACGCGCGCUACUGCUAGUGCACCGGCCUCCACCUCCAAGGCCUCCGGUGGCAAGUCGGCAUCCUCCACGAAGACGAAGACGUCCUCAGGCGCAGCGUCAUCGUCGACCUCUUUGGCCUCGAGCAGUUCGGACUUGACGGAUGGAACGAACCCUGACGUUGUUGGCACAGCCUAUUUCAUCACGAACGACCCUACCGAGAACAAUAUUGUCCUCGCGAACAUCGGCAAGGACGGCAACGUCACCUUCGCUGGCCUCGUUUCAGCGGGUGGCAAGGGCGUUCACGGCGACGACGGUGGUCAAUUCGCAUCGGAUGCGACGUACAGCAACGGCAUCAUCGUCGUUUCUGAGUCAAACAACUUCCUAGCCACCACGAACACCGAAUCCGCUACCGUCGCUCUAUUCAAGAUUGACCCCAACGACCCCACAAAGCUCGAGAUGGCCGGAGAGCCUGUUUCCUCCCAGGGUGAUUUCCCGACGUCGGUGGCGUUCAACCAUGCCGGUGACCGCCUCUGCGUCAUGAACUCUGGUACCAAGGCGUCCCUUCUUUGCUACGGUGUCUCCGCAUCCGGCCUUUCCACGCAGCAGGAGACCCUCCGCGAUCUCACCAUCUACGGCUACAAUCAGACCAACCCGCCGCAGGGCCCGAUCAACACCUUCUCCCAGGUGCAAUUCACUGAGGAUGACAAGAACGUCGUCGUUGCGCUCAAGGGCUUCAUCACCCCGGCACCUACGCGCGGAGCACUCUUCGUCUACCCUCUCAGUGACAACGGCGAGCUCGCGAAGGAACCGACCAUCGCUGGUACUCCCGCUCCCGGUGGAUUCACCUUCUCCCUCACUCCUAUCCCCGAGAAGAACGCGUUCUUCAGUGCGGACUUCUCCAGUGGUAUCAACGUUUGGGACUUCAAUGAGGGUAUUGAGAGCAUCAACAGCACGAAGUCGAAGACCAACGCCGCGUAUGUAGAUGGCGAGAUCACUACGUGCUGGAGCACUUGGGCUCCUACGGUCGACCGCUACUUCCUCUCCGACCCGUCCACCUGCCUUGUCACCGAGGUCUCCAUCGACCCCGACACCCUCGUGCCGACCGUCGUUGCGAACCACACCUUGGUCGAGGGCGGCGAGAACAUUGAUAUUGCCGCCGCCACAAUCGACAACACCGACUACCUCUACGCGAACCUCGCUACUGGCGUAGGCAUUGCUGUCCUUCGUCUCGACGGCCCUGGCCAGUCUACGCUCGUCGGCGUUGCGAACAUGACCGAGCCCGUUACGAGCGCAGGUGCCACCAUCACGCCCAACUACAUUCAGGGCAUGGCCAUCUACAUGAAGCGGAACAAGGAUUGA